AUGCCCUGCUGCGGCGGAGAUAGGGAGAAAGGGCCCGUCGCGUUGGAAGAACAAUGGGAUUAUAUUAAUCUCGACGACUUCAAAUCCGAGUCCUGCUUCGCUCCGUUCUCUUACUUCCUGGUCUAUGUCUUCCUGAUUAUCUCCGUGGCCGUCUAUGGCGUCGACACGUUCACGGCCGUCAACCUGCUCAUCUAUGCCCGAUGGGAGGGUCAGAUUGAGCCUGCGAUCCCUUUUUCAAUCUCGCGAUGGAUCUUUGCCGUCUGUAUCAUCAUCUCCUUCGCGCUUCUAUUCUACCGCUGGCUGCGCGCCAUUCGGGCCAUGCGCUCCGGCAGCAUCGCGAAAAGCUACCUCGAUUCCCUUGCGGUGCGCAUCCAAAGUAUUCGCAUGGGCAGCCGCGGCCGCGGAUGGAGACGGUUUCUGGUCUUUGCGGAGUUGACGAAGAGUAAAAAAGGCGCUGAGUAUAUCGCGCUCUUUGCGUACUUUUCGUUUGAAUCCUGGAUGAGCAUCAUCUUUGCCGACGGACCGCGACAGGUUGUCAACGCCAUCACCCUGUACUCCGUGAUGCAGUUGGACCUACUUCCGGGUGGAAAGGAUACCACCGACACCAGCGGAUCAGGCGUGUCACAGUUCUUUAACAAUUUGAAAAUCCUGGCCGAAGACAACACCGAGCGAGUCGUGGUCCUAGCCGGCAUGCUGUUCACGCUGGUCAUCUGGGUCUUGUCCAUGCUGAAGCUGUUCCUGGCGGUCGUGUUGUACCUGAUCUUCCUGUUCCACCACAUCCCCUCAGAGGAUGGCUCGUUGAAGGCAUACUGCAAGCGCAAGAUCAAUACGCGACUCACUCGAAUUGUCCGGAAGAAGGUCAACAAGGCCCUGUUCAAGGGUGUGGCUCUACAAGACCGAAAGCCCACCAAUCCGAACUUUGGCCUGGACAAAAGACCAACCCUGCCUGCCUUGGGCGCCAUGGACGAUGACAAGACACCGGUUGUCACGACCAUCUCGCGCAGCACAACACAAACUACACUGCCUGCGUACUCAUCCCGCCCUGGCACCGCCGCUCGCGACAAUAAGCCUACUCUGCCGGAUGUCGCGGCGUUCAAUGACAAGCCUCCUCCGCUGAGCCGGACCAUGACCGAGUCCUCGGCAUACGACGAUGCAGCUUCGAUAUCCGGCAGCACUGCAGUGUCGGCCUUCAGCCCAUUAGACCGGUACGGUACCCCAGCGCCACCAGUCCCCCCUCUUCCCAGCCAAGGGCCUGCCCCGAUGCCACGCUCGCAGACCCCGAGGAUGCGUCCGAAUUACAACCAACCUCCAGAUGGAUACAAUGGUCCAAUGGAUCGAGCAUCGCCGGCUCCAUCCAUGCCACGCACCCAGACACCAAUGUCGCGCUCCGAAUUUACCCCCACACCUGGUCCAGUACCGCGCUUGCAAACCCCGGUGUCGCGACAAGGAUUCACCCCAGCUCCUGCUGCUGCAUUCAGUCCUAACUUCGCAACGGCCCCGGGAUACGGUCCGGUCGAUCGCGCAUCUCCCGCACCCCAAGUACCGCACGUUCAAACCCCCAUGUCCUACACACCAGCUCCAGGAUACGGCCCAGUCGAUCGCGCGUCGCCCGCACCCCAAGCACCGCGCACUCAGACUCCAAUGACUCGUUCAAACUACACGCCCGCGCUAGGAUACGGGCCGGAUCGUGCGACUCCAGUAUCAUAUGCCACGCCGUUCCGUCCUUAUAGUCCGGCUGUUGAUCCAAAUUCGCAGGGCCUUGCUUCGGGAACUCCUUUCCGCCCUUACAGUCCGGCUGUUGGUCCUAACUCACGCGCUUUGAAUCAUGGAUUGGACUUCAACCAGGGCGUUGAUCGGACCCUUUCCCCCAGCCAGUCGGCUGGCCUGCCUUACCCUGUUGAACCGGAUGAAUAUCACUCGGCCAGUACCGGCGCCAUGCGUUCUCCACUAGCUGCUGUCCCCGCCUCUAGCAGUAUGGAGAGGACCUUGUCACCGCUUGGUUCGGGCGAUUCAGGUGGCUAUGUCGCUUUCAGCCCUGCGGUCGGAAGCUCAUCCAUGCCGUUCGCCGAGUCUGCCCCGAGAGAGGAACACGCUGAAUACAACGGACGGGUCGAGUCUGUCGCUUCUGAUAUGGAAUCUCCUUUUACUCAUGAGACAACUGCUGAAACCGGCUACCAUGCAUUCGACCCGUCGGCUUUGUCCGCUGAGUUCGGACAUGAUCAUGACCAUUCUCACCUUGAUCUGAUAGAUGAUUACGCUGCAAGACAGUCGUAUCUGUCUCUUGGGCCGUCUCAGGCGGAAAAUGGUUACCUUGCCGUCAACCCGCCGUCCACGUCCCCAUUUUCUGCUGAGUUUGGUCAUGAAUCACCAUCGCAUGAGCAUGACCACGAGCACGAGGAGGAGUCUCAUGUCGAUCCCACUGAAGAUUUCACGGCUAGGAAUUCUGUCAUCUCACAUGGAUCCGAACAUCACGACGGAUCCAACUCAUCGGAUGAUGAACCAUCAACCGACCCUCAUUCUAUUCAAUCAGCAACCGAACCUCGAUCUCAUGAACCAUCAAUCGAACCUCACGAUGAACAAUAUGCCAUCGACUCCGCAGAUACCUCAACCAACCCCUUCUCAGACAUCACUCACGAAGCUUCCAACGACGCCUAUAUUGCACCCACCCCCUCAAACGGGACAUCCACGGAGUCCGCCAUCUUGCCAUCAACUGAACCCGAUCACCACGACUCGGAACAACCAGACCCAACAAGACCACUCUCACUCUCUCUCCACCCCAUCUCGCCAGCCGAGACAAACACCAGCUACAUCGCCUUCAACCCUUUCAUCAGAUCGCCUGUAUCUCCACCUGCAGAGCAAGAGCAAGAACAUGAAUCGCCUGCCACUCCAGCAGAAGAUCCCUUCUCCAGCCCCGCCGACGCGGAAGACACUCCACAACCACAACCACCCACAUCUACAUCUACAUCUACACCUACAAGCUACAUAGCAUUCACUCCUUCGGCUGUCUCACCCGCUACACCCACCGCGGCGUCGCACGACCAACUGCAACAACCCAGCGAGACGCAAUCCCCGGCUCAGAGCUCCUCUCCCCAGGCGAGAACCUUCUCGCCCGUGCAGCCGUAUCGUCCGGAUCAUGGCUAUGACUAUGGGCAGUUCUAA